GUGUGAUAGCAAUAGCAAAUGUAUCAAUGUAGCAAGUUCCGGAACUUCGAAAUGUCUUGAAUGAUUGUGAAGUGUCACCAAAAAGUUCUUAAUUGUGACAGUUUUUGUCCUUAUAUUUUUGUGUUUUCAUGAAUUAGAUCAUGUCUCUUCCAGGAAAUGGCAUUUACAUCGUCCUGGGAGAGGUGUCCACCUUGCUGACAGCAAUGAAACGGGGCAAUAGGUGGUCUUCGCAUUCUCAGCAGGAUAAAAAGACAGAAGCUCUUAUCAAAAACUUUAACAAUUUGAAAGACUCACUAAAUCAAGUUGGAGAUCUCGAACUUGUGAGUCCAAGCUCCUAUCUAGGCCCGUUUCUUCAGACAAUCAAGUCUGACCAAGGAGCCAGUGUUUCUGGUGCUGUAACCAGCCUCGCUAUCUCAUCAAUAAACAAAUUUCUGUCCUAUGAAUUGAUUGGCAAAAAAACCUCCCCUCAGACCAUAGAGAAAAUUGCUGAUGCUGUCACACAUGCUCGGUUCGUUGGUACGGAUGAAGUGAAUGAUGCUGUUGUUUUAAUGAAAAUUCUCCAGGUGCUAAGGACACUGAUGGUAUCGCCUGCUGGUACAAUGCUAAGCGAUGAGAAAGUCUGUGAAAUUAUGUUUAGUUGUUUUAAAAUCUGUUUCGAAACUAGAUUGUCUGAUUUAUUAAGGAGAUGUGCUGAACAUUUUCUAAAGGACAUGGUGCAGCUUGUAUUUAUGCGACUUCCUUAUUUAGAUAGUUAUGUAAUUCCUACUUCCAAAAAAUUAGAGUUAAGAUCUAGCAGUACGGAUAAUACUCGUAGCAGGAGAAAGUACCUUGGUUCUAAAAGUAAAACAAGUCAAAAUGAGGGGAGCUCGCAUGAUACGCCAAAACCAUCAGGAAGUGCAGAGACGACAUCAGAGGGGAAGCCAGAAUCACACCUAGCAACAACUCCUCAGGCAGAGCAGUCAGGAAGUAUAGUCGAUAUGCAAGGUGCAAUCCAUGAUAGAGCACCAGGAACUGACCAGCUUAACUCGGCACCUGAUGUCAAUCCCUCAACAGAAAAUAUGCAAGCUUCAAUAGAGUGCACUGAUUCCAGUCACUCAGUCAACCCAACGCAGUUCAAUCAAAAUGAUGUAAAGAUAGAUAUAAUGGAGGAACACUUAGAUGAUCAAACAAAAGAGGAAGACGGAUUUGUGAAGAUCGAUGCCAAUAAUGAGAAUAUUUAUGGUGCUUCUAUGGAAGAGAAUGACUUUUCCAACCCAGAACCAACCCCCUCCAAAGCUGAAGCAGAAAGUAAAGAUGAAGAGAAAGCCUUAGAAUAUGUCAAUACCCAAGGGGUUAGAUUCAAAACGCAAGAUCCAAUUCUAGAUUCUUUAGAAGCUGGGCUUGAGUCUAAAGGGACCGAGAUUAUUCCUUAUGGCUUAGGUUGUGUCAUUGAACUUCUGAGGUUUCUGGUAUCUCUUUGUAAUUCGUAUGACAAACAGAACACGGAGAUCAUGACUUUUACAAGUCUUUCACUUCUUACUGUGGCAUUGGAGUUAGGAGCAGAUCCCAUGUCUAAACAUCCAGCUCUGUUAGCCUUGAUUAAAGACAGUAUGUGUAGGAACUUCUUUUCGCUUUUGAAUACUGAGCGCAUAUCCUUAUUGGCUGCUGAUUUACGAUGUUGUUUCUUGUUAUUCGAAUCACAGCGAUCUCAUCUCAAGUUUCAGCUAGAGGUUUAUCUCAGUCGCCUAGCAGAGCUGAUCUCUUCAGAGAAAAGCUCCUAUGAAGUCCGUGAAUUAGCCCUUGAAGCUCUAGUUCAGUUAUGGCGUGUUCCUGGCCUCAUCACAGAAUUAUACUUGAAUUAUGAUUGUGAUCUUUACUGUCCUAAUUUAUAUGAGGACUUGACCAAGUUGCUAUCAAAGAACGUUUUUCCUGUAACUGGUAUUCAUAGUACUAACCUCUUGGCGCUUGAUGCUUUGCUUGCAGUCACUGAUUCCAUCGAGAGUCAUUGUCAUUCUCGAAUCAGCAACAAUAUCGCCCAAUCAGACUCAACAGACUCAUUGGUAAGCUCUAAAAAAUCCAGUCCACCGCAGAGUGCUCAAAAAUAUCCUAGUCAAUCACCAAAUAGCAUCUUUAUGCGAAUUAAAGUCUCCGACUCAAUCCCUAGUCAUGAACAGUUGAUGGCUGUCAAGCGGAAGAAAAAGCUUCUUGCCAGCGGUACAGAUCAUUUCAACGCUAAACCAAAAAAAGGAAUUGAAUUUUUGCAAGAACAGGGUCUUCUUUCAUCACCUCUAGACCCCAUUGAAGUUGUUCAUUUUCUGAAAGAAAAUCCACACCUCAGCAAAAAGAUGAUCGGUGAAUUUAUCAGUAACCGUGCAAAUUUAGCAGUCUUGGAUGCCUUCGUGAAGUCAUUUGAUUUUAGUGACACGCAAAUUGAUGAGGCCCUCAGGAUGUACCUGGAAACUUUCCGUUUGCCAGGGGAGUCACCAUUAAUAUCGCUUGUAAUGGAACAGUUUGCAGAUCACUGGCACAAAUGCAACGGAGAACCAUUUGUCAACUCUGAUGCUGCAUUCACUUUAGCUUACGCAGUGAUAAUGUUGAAUGUGGAUCAGCAUAAUUACAACGUGAAACGGCAAAAUAAUCCUAUGACACCGGAAGAGUUCAAGCGUAACUUAUCAAAAGUCAACGGUGGCCAGGACUUUGAUCAAGACAUGCUCGAUGAUAUUUAUCAGUCAAUUAAAAAUGAAGAAAUCGUUAUGCCUGCAGAGCAUACUGGACUUGUCCGUGAAAAUUACUUGUGGAAGGUUUUGUUGAGGCGGGGAAACAGCAAAGAUGGAACCUACAUUAGAGCUCCAGAUGGGAUGUUUGACCAUGAUCUUUUCUCCUUGAUUUGGGGCCCAAUAGUGGCUGCUCUGGGAUUUGUAUUCGACAAAUCUAGUGACCCAAAUAUCUAUAUGAAAGCAAUGAUUGGCUUCCGAAAGUGUGCUACAAUAUCUGCUCAUUAUGGAAUGAGCAACGAAUUCGAUAACCUCACAGUUUCUCUUUGUAAAUUUUCAACUCUUUUGAGCACAGUCAGUAACUAUGAUAGCUUGACUGUUGCCUUUGGUGAAAAUCAUAAAGCAAGAGUUGCUACCAAAACAAUGUUUAAUUUGAUUCAUCGCCAUGGCGACACAUUGCGAGAAGGAUGGAAAAGUGUCCUGGAGUGUAUUUUACAACUGUACCGCUGUAAUUUGCUGCCAAAAAUACUUGUUGAAGCAGAAGAUUUUAUCGACUUGAGCGGAAAAAUUUCUCUCGUUAGAGAGGAAACACCAUUGAACACUAAGACUGAGUCUGGAUUACUCAGUUCUCUUUACUCGUACAUUGCUCUUGCAGCUGAAACUGGUAAUCAAAGAACCGGCACUGCUGAAGAUGAGGAGGCAAUACAAAUUGCCAGAGACUGCAUUCAUGAGUGUCACCUAGAACAGCUUAUAACUGAGUCUAAAUUUCUUCGGAUUGACUCAAUGCAACAGCUUGUGAUUGCCCUAAUACAAACAUCGUACAGUCCUGAGGGGGUUAUAGCUCUUGGAACGCCUCAGAACGAGGAUAAAGCUGUCUUCUUCCUUGAAUUCAUGUUAAAAAUAGUCAUUCAGAACAGAGAUCGUGUAACAGUAGUUUGGGAAAAUGUUAGAGACCACAUUUACACUCUUCUGAUGGGCGCUGCCGCCUGCGAUCACCAUUUUCUGGUUGAACGAUCGGUGGUUGCUCUUUUACGGCUCUCAAUCCGGCUCAUGAGGCGGGAAGAAAUGAGCCCAGUUGUGGUGCAGUCAUUGCGGAUGUUACUUCUCUUAAAGAGCUCAGUUUUGAAUCGGGUUGUUUGUCAAAUAUCCUACGGCCUGUAUGAAUUACUGAAAACUAGUGCAGCGAACAUACACUCUGCUGCUGAUUGGACUAUUAUCUUCACCCUUCUUGAAUGUGUGGGUGCCGGAAUGCCACCACCAAAAGUCAUCGGUAAAACUUACUCUCAGGAAAUUAGUGGGACCAAGUCAGAUGGUGAAAUCUCAAGUGUUGCUGGGGAAGAAGAUAGUGGGCUAGGAAAUGAGAGAGGUUAUACAUCUGACUCGGAACUAAGCCGCCUGACUCCAUCGCCUACAUCUACUUUGUCUGAAUCCAAGUCACUCGGAGGAAUACUAGUCAGUAGAGAGGGCGAAGCAGAGCCUCUAUCUGUUCGUCCAUUCACUCAAACCAAAUUCUCCUUACCCUCAGACCAGGAAUUACAACUACACGAUCCGUUUGCAUUAGUCAAAUGUUGUGAAAGUCUAGCAUUUCUAGUCCGAGAUGUUGCACAUAUUACACCCUACAAUUUUGAACGUUGCAUCAGCUGUAUUAGAACUUUUGUCGAAGCUAGUCUUAUUACCAUUGACAAGAAAAGUUUACGGAAAACUGUCAACGAGUCAAAAGCAGCUCCUGCGAAACCAAAACGGAAACUUCUUCUGAAGAAGAAAAAUGAGGAAUCGGGCAAAACGAAAACUCCGUCAAAUCCUUACGAUGGUGAUGAAAGUGAUUCGGAGGACUUGCCUAGCGGUUAUCAUCAAGUGCCUAUUCAACUUUUAGACCUCAUGCACACGUUGCACACAAGAACUGCUCAAAUUCAUCGAUGGUGGGCAGAGGAAAACUCAGACGCUCAACUCACAUCGCUCUGGGCGCAGGGGUGGUGUCCACUUCUUCAAGGAAUAGCUCGCUUAUGCUGUGAUUCAAGGAAACAAGUUCGAAUGAGUGCAAUGACAUAUCUGCAGAGGGCUUUAUUAGUCCAUGACCUUCAAGCAUUGACAGCCGAUGAAUGGGCAGCAUGUUUCAAUCAAGUUCUUUUUCCUCUUAUGACAAGGCUAUUGAUUCCACCGGACUUGGACGAGACGAGAAUGAGAGCUGCCACCCUAUUAUCGAAAGUGUUUCUUCACCACCUUACGCCCCUCCAAUCUCUUCCAUCUUUCCUAAAUAUCUGGCUAACAAUCCUUGACCUUAUGGGCAAGUACAUGGUCGUUCACAACAGUGACCUCCUCUCAGAAGCGAUCCCUGAGUCGCUGAAAAACAUGCUGUUAGUCAUGGACAGUGCCAAAGUUUUUUCACAAGGGGAGCAGAGGACAGCUCUUUGGGACAUUACCUGGAACCGGAUCAAUGCCUUCUUGCCCAACUUGAAGGAGGAACUCUUCAAAUCGCCGGAAGCUCCUCCUCCGCCUCCUCCACCAGUCAACCCAACAUCAUUUCAGCAUCCAUCUCCAGCCCCACCGCAAGUUCCAAUGUCUUUACCCUUGCAGUUGCCGGAAACAAUACAAUCACCUCAGGUCCUACUGUCACCUCAAACAUCUCAUAUCCCACAGACCGUUCAAAUGCCUCAACCCCUCCAAGUACCCCCAAACCUCUUUACCCCGCAAAUGUUCCCAACAUCUCAAACCCCGCAAAACCUCCCAGUGCAGUCUCUUCCGCUUCAGGCGUUACAAUUUUCACAGCCACUCCAAAUUUCACAAACACUGCAACUGCCUCAAACACCCCUGGCACCUCACACACCUCAGUCGCCAACCUCUGAAAUUCAAACUCCCCCUUUAUCAUCUGCUGGGACCCCUCACUCAUAUAGUAAUAUCUAAGUAAUUUGUUAUUCAUUUUGUUGAAAAAUAAUUUGUCUCUAUUGCAACGUCAAUUAUUUCAUUCCAAUUAUUUUAGCAUCAUUAAGUGAAGCUGUGAUGAUCUAAAAAACCUGUUGCUCCUGGUUUUCCGCUGAACUAGUCUUUGUUACAUGAGGCACUGAGACUUGAAGUUUCAUCAAAGCAGACUAUUAUAUAAAGCCUCCUUCUUAGCAUAAGCGCUGUAGACUUAUGAAAUAUUCGAGGAAAAUCUGGGGUAUUGUAAUGAAAUUUAACGGUGACAAAAUACCUUGAUAUUGAUCCUCUAAAUCCAAUUAUAAGGACUGGAAUGACAUUCAGUGUCCAUAAUCAAUAUUUUUCUCUCCUUAAAAUGCCAAAGCUAGUUUCUUAAGCAUUAUUAUCAUGAAAAUAAAUAUGAAUUCAUUGCAUUGCAUAAAUGAGUCCCUAAAAAGUUCAUUUAAUCCUAUGAAUUAGAUUGCAAUGAAUAGCAGGGUCUUAACUUGUGAAAUGCCCUCCAGUUCUCAGCAAUGUAGAUAUUUUUUUAAUUAUAAUUAAUGUAUCUUGGUUUUUCAGAGCAUUGUUCUUGUAAGUGUGCUUUUUUCCUCCCUUUUUAGAAACGAUCUUUUUACAUAAUUAAUGGCUCACACAAACUGAAUCCUGCCGAACUUUCGCCUUUUCAUCAGUUAGACCGAGUUUAACAAAAACGUAGCAAGUCGCAUUUUCGGGGAAAAUGAGUUGGGAGUAGUUUAGAGUUCAACUAGCUGCAAAUUUUCUGAUGUUGAAAAUUUAAAGUCAGGGCAAAAUUUUGAACAAGAAAGUGGUAGUUAAACUUUGUCCUUGUUAGUUGUUAGAGGAAUAAAAUUUCUUUUUCAGUGGGUACAAACUUGAUGUGACAUUGUGCAUUCCUGUAAAGCUCGGUCCAAUUGUGGCAAUCAUAUCUGUGCAGUCAAUUUGACCCAUAGUUGGACGUAUUUAAAUUAAAAGGAAGCAUUUCAAUUGUGACCUGGGCCUUAAGGUAUGUAAGAAUACAUGCAUGUCAGGGUUAAUGCCAUAAUGAAGAUACAUGGUUCAUUUUUUGUUUACUUUGUUCAAUUCAAAAUCAGUGGAAAUUUAAGUAUAUAUUUCAUCAUAAAAUUAAUAGGCUGAUCAAUCAUGAAAUAAGGAAACAUGCUUGCCGCAGCUAAUCAUUGUCUGAAGAUUUAUCUGUCUAAAGCUGUUUUUUAAAACUUGAGGAAUUCAAUGUUGAAAUCGCUGUAGCUCUUUUAAAUUCAUUUAAAACAAUUAUUUUAGAAUAUGCAGGAUUUAUCUGGUGAUUUAGCCAUGAGGCUAUUUAUGCAUAAAAAUGGAAAGAAAAUUUGGAAGCAACGACUAUUUUUUCAGAUUAUCCUUCGAGUAAUCUUUGAAAUUAGAUAA